GGCAUACACACUCUGUGGGCAUUAUCAACGGGAACUGGGGAUCUACCAUCAUUGUAAAUACCAUCAUUAUGUUUUUUGAGUCCCAGUCAUCUUUUGGACAAAAAACUGUUUGUCGAUCAUUAACAACCUGUGGAUCGCAGCACGUUCGAUCCCUAUUACUGGCAGAUCUACCAACCCCCGAGAUGACGGACGAAGCGCAUCGUGGUAGUCUUUACAAUGUUGCAGAAAGAAUUGGACACAAACUCCCAGCACACCCUAAAUGUUCCUUAUUGGCUGACAGGAUGAAGACGUUCAUUUCCUGGCCCACACACUUGCACCAAAAACCCCAUGAUUUGGCCGUAGCCGGGUUCUUCUACCCAGGGACGGCAGACAUCGUGACGUGUUAUUCCUGUGGUGGAAGUCUUAAGGAGUGGGAACCGAGCGACAACCCUAUGGUAGAACAUGCCCACUGGUUCCCAAGUUGUGACUUUCUUCUCCGAACAAAGGGAGAAAAAUUUAUCAUGCAAGCUCAGCUACAAAAUCAAGAAUCAUCUAAGGAAGACUACAAUGCCGCGGAUGCAGUUUUUGCUAGUGGUGUUGAAAGUCGAACACAGUCCACACCCGUACAACAUUCCAAGUAUACCGAGACCAUGGAUCAGAUCCUGAACACUCCGGCAGCCCUCAGUGUACUGUCAAUGGGCUACAGCAAGGACAUGGUAUCUAAGGCCGUAGAGAGGUGUCUUCAAUCAGGGAAAACGAAACUAUCUGCCAUAGAAAUAAUGAAGGUAAUAAUAGAUAUGGAGGAGGAAGAGGAAAUCGGGGAAAACCUGGAAACAGAAAACGUGCUAAGUGAGACAAAAUGUGAAAAUGUAUCGGAAAAAGAAUGUGAAAUUGAACACGAUAAACGUGAACAAGAAAUCGACUUUGUUAAUCAUCACAUAUCAGACUCAAAAAUGUAUUCCCAGUGUACAGAAGAACCAUUAUCGGAACAAAAUACUAUGUAUACAUCAUCGGGGCCUACUACAGUGUAUGCGUCAUCAGAGCCGAUCUCCAGCUAUUCAUCAACAGGGCUUCAUCUUCCUGUUUUAGACAACUUUAAAGCAUUAUCUUUACAGAAGGAGUUGACUCCACAGACAAUGUCUUCUCCCGAACUCCGUCAAGUGGACGAUCUUGCAGAAGAAAACAGAAAGCUGAAAGAAAGUAGCUUAUGUAAGGUGUGCUUAGACAAAAAUGCUGAUACGGUCUUUCUCCCUUGUGGCCAUCUGGCCACAUGUGCUGAAUGCGCAUCAUCACUGCGCAAAUGCCCGUUAUGCCGGAAAUUCAUCCAUGGUACCGUUAAAGUAUAUUUAGCGUAAGAUUCUCCCCGUUAAAUUAAUAUAAUGUCCAUGGGUUAACCGGCGUAACUCCACCGUAGCAGGUCCCAAGUCCUUGUUGAGAAAGGAGGAGGUCGCCAUGAUAUUAUGCGGUCGUUCAUGACAAAAUAAACAAUUUUCUAUGAACUCAAACCUCACGGUUAUCCUUCAAUUUGUUACUUCCCCUUUUAAAAUUCUUUUCACCUCAUAUAAUUAAUCAGCGUCACAAAUUCAUUAACAUUAUUAUUUUUUCAAUAUGAAAAGAAGGUAAAUGAGACAGUUAUUUACCCUUUAAAAAAUUCUCAAUCAAUAUAAUAAUAAUUUUUAAUACAUUGUAAAAAGAAUACAGGUAAAUAAGUUUAUCACGCGGGUUCCUAGUUUUAUAAAAAGACAUGACAUCGUUAACAAUGACAAGUAGUUCCAGAACAUGGCCAGUAUAUUUAUAUAUAUAUAUUUGAUAUUAAAUUAAGGAUGAGAAUAAUGAAAAUAUAACCUAUUCUGCAGUUAUAUGGACUCAAACUUUGUACAGUGAAUAGGUAUUGAUAUGUUCGUCUGUAUAUAUAUGUACAUAAAGUUUGAUAACUCCAUUGAAUAAAUCAUUUUAAAGUUUGUAAUUAAUCAUUUAAUAUUCAGAACCUUUUUUUUUUUAAAUACGUUGUUAAUAUGCUUAUUAUCAAUCUAUACUUUCUAAUUAUGUUAUUGUUGUGCGGUGUGUAUGAAAUGCAAUGAAUAAAAUGAUUGAUGAAAUAU